AUGCCGACGGUGGACGACAUCCUAGAGCACAUCGGGGAAUUCAACUUUUUCCAGAAACAAACGUUCUUCCUCCUCUGUCUGCUCUCGGCCGCCUUCACCCCCAUCUAUGUGGGCAUCGUCUUCCUGGGCUUCACCCCGGACCACCGCUGCUGGAGCCCGGGGGUGGCGGAGCUGAGCCGGCGAUGCGGCUGGAGCCUGGCGGAGGAGCUCAACUACACGGUGCCGGGCCCGGGGCCCGAGGGCCAGUGCCUCCGCUACGAGGUGGACUGGAACCAGAGCGCCCUUGGCUGCCUGGACCCGCUGGCAGGCCUGGCCACCAACGGCAGUGCCCUGCCCCUGGGCCCCUGCGCGCAGGGCUGGGUAUACGACACGUCCGGCUCCUCCAUCGUGACCGAGUUUAACCUAGUGUGUGCCGACUCCUGGAUGCUGGACCUGUUUCAGUCGGCGGUGAAUGUAGGAUUUUUUAUCGGUUCUAUGAGUAUCGGCUACAUAGCAGACAGGUUUGGCCGUAAGCUCUGCCUCUUGAUUACAAUCCUCAUAAAUGCUUCAUCUGGAGUGCUCAUGGCCAUCUCCCCAAACUACACAUGGAUGCUAAUUUUUCGCUUGAUUCAAGGACUGGUCAGCAAAGCAGGCUGGUUAAUAGGCUACAUCCUGAUUACAGAAUUUGUCGGGCUGACAUACCGGAGGACAGUGGGGAUUGUCUACCAAGUGGCCUUCACGGUUGGACUCCUUGUGCUUGCUGGGGUGGCCUAUGCGCUUCCGCACUGGAGGUGGCUUCAGCUCACCGUGACUCUGCCCAACUUCUGCUUCUUGCUCUAUUACUGGUGUGUACCUGAGUCUCCUCGAUGGCUGAUCUCCCAGAACAAAAAUGCAAAAGCCAUGAAGAUCAUUAAGCAUAUUGCAAAGAAAAAUGGAAAACCCUUGCCCGGAUCUCUUCAGAGCCUCAGACCCGAUGAGGAAGUUGGCGAGAAGUUGAAUCCUUCAUUCCUUGACUUGGUCAGAACCCCUCAAAUAAGGAAACACACCUUGAUCUUGAUGUACAACUGGUUCACGAGCUCUGUUCUCUACCAGGGCCUCAUCAUGCACAUGGGCCUUGCGGGGAGCAACAUCUACCUGGACUUCUUCUACUCUGCCCUGGUCGAGUUCCCUGCAGCCUUCCUCAUCAUCCUCACCAUUGACCGCAUAGGUCGCCGUUAUCCAUGGGCCUUAUCAAAUAUGGUGGCGGGGGCAGCCUGUCUAGCCUCGGUUUUCAUCCCUGAGGAUCUACACUGGCUAAGAGUUACGGCUGCUUGCCUGGGUCGGAUGGGGAUCACAAUGGCCUAUGAGAUGGUCUGCCUGGUCAACGCGGAACUGUACCCCACGUUCAUCAGGAACCUCGGGGUCCUCGUCUGCUCCUCCAUGUGUGACAUCGGGGGCAUCCUCACCCCCUUCCUGGUCUACAGGCUCACCGACAUCUGGCACGAGCUCCCCCUGGUGGUUUUCGCUGUGGUUGGCCUGAUUGCUGGAGGACUGGUGCUGUUGCUCCCAGAAACCAAAGGGAGGACUUUGCCUGAGACCAUUGAGGAAGUUGAGAACAUGAAGAGGUCAGGAAAAAACAAGGAAAAGAUGAUUUACAUUGAAGUCAAGAAACUAGACACUCCACUAAAUUAA